UUAUACUCUUGAUUUUUAACCGUUAUACUCUUUCUGUCACAUAAUCCACCCUCAAACGUGCAAAAGAAAUAAAAAAUAGUAUUACUUCUUUGGAUCUGAAUGACCUCCCAUUUUCUUAGCUUGAACAUUUUCCUAAAUGCUAUGCUCUCCCUUUCAUAACCCACUUGUAAUUUUGUGAUUCUAGUUAUGGGUUUCUGUCAUUUUACUGUUUCAUUUACUCUUAUUUCCUGUCAGGUUAUCAUGUUUUCUUGAGUAUUUUCUGCCUCUUGUUAGAUUGUUCUUGUGUUUUGGCAUUCAUUAUUUCAAAUUUUUAGCCUCUUGGAUUAGUUUUCUUCAUUGUUUGUAUGAUUAGUUGAACUGGGUAUUGUGUAGUUGUUGAUUUUUCUGGAUUGCUCUUCUCAAAAUUUUACUGUUCUUAUGGGUAUUUGCUACUUUAUCUUUUGAUUUAGUUGGUAUUUGACAUGAUAUUAAUCAUGGAUUGGGAUCUUAUAUAAAAGUAUACUCUAUAGAAUAUGUUAAUGGGUAGAUUAGGAAUUUGUGGAUCUUGACAAAUUUUGAUUGUUUAUGCAAGGAAGGUGUUUAUUUUAAGUACUAAGUGCUAACUAUAAGUUGAUAGUUUUGAGUGUACCUUUGGUAAGAUUGAGGGAGCGAGUGAAAUGGUGAGAUCUAUGGAGGAUAAAGAGAUUUCCUCUAAUGGAAGUAUUACAUUUGAGUUUCAUAAAGGGAAUGGGGGUGUUAGAGCUUCUCAUCCUCGAACCGCCUUAGGAAAACCAACACCUUCAAAAUGGGAUGAUGCACAAAAAUGGCUAGUUGGGUUUUCAAGAGGGGGAGAAAGAAAUUCCUCUAAGACUAAUAAGCCUAGAAAUUCGAAUGCCGAUGAUACUAGGUUGAUUGCCCCUAUUCCUCAACAAGAGGAUAACUAUUUGAGCGAAGAUCAUGAUGAUGAUGAAGGUGAUGAUGAAGUGGAGAAAGUAGAGAAUGUGAAGAAUGUGCAUACUACGAAUGUUGAUUGUGAGGAGGGUCUUUGGAGAAUCAAUAAGGCAGUAGAAAACUCUACUUUAAGUGUUAGAUCAGUUUGUGUAAGGGAUAUGGGGACUGAGAUGACUCCAAUAGCUAGUCAGGAACCUUCUAGAACAGCCACCCCUAUACGGGCUACCACACCAGCAACUCGUAGCCCGAUUGCAUCUGGGGCUUCGACCCCAAUGCGAUGUCAACACGAGAGUUACCAUUCUCCUCUAGGGAAGCAAAAUGGUUCUACUAGAGUGUCUAUUGGGGAGGAAGAAGAGGCGCAUAAUGGUCAUAAAAUGAUGGAGAGUAACGACUUGGCUCUGGCUACGAAAACUAGUCCUUUAGAAAAUCGAGCAUUGGCUUGGGAUGAGGCGGAGCGUGCCAAAUAUAUGGCCAGGUAUAAACGGGAAGAAGUGAAGAUACAAGCUUGGGAAAAUCAUGAGAAGAGAAAAGCCGAAAUGGAGAUGAAGAAAAUGGAGGUGAAAGCAGAGAGAUUGAAGGCGAGAGCACAAGAGAAGUAUGUGAAUAAACUCGCUGCAGCACGAAGAAUCGCAGAAGAGAAACGUGCAAAUGCAGAGGCUAAACUGAACGAGAAAGCCGUCAACACAUCAGAGAAAGCAGAUUACAUCAGAAGAACGGGUCAUAUGCCUUCUUCAUUCUCCUUCAAGUUGCCUUCCUUAUGCUGGCAUUAGUGAACUAACUACCUUAACACAAUCUACGUAAUCUAGAAUAUUAUAGUUGUUAGUUCUUUCUUGCAUUUUACAAGCCUUUGUGCACUUUUUUACAUUCAGUUUAUGCAUGUAAUGUUACAUUAGGCUCAAUUUAUUGUGAAUGUUAGCAUAUUAUCGGGAAA